UCACACUUUAGAUCACCAUUUUGUUAGCUGCCUACGUAAAAAACGCUGUCAGUUCGGUUUAUCAAAGAAAAGUUAGAAUUAAUUGCAAACAGAACGUUGUGACUAUUUAACUAGUUUAACUAUUGGUUGAGACGAUGGACAACAUUGAGCGACUGUACAAAUGCUACGAGAUUCUCUCUGAGGCAGGCGACAAAAUAUCUGAGCAUGUGGAGGAAUACAAGGAGAUACUUAAGGCCGUGAAAGGCUUCAAAGAGAAGCGUCUUGCAUCACAGUUUAUCGGAAACUUCUUUAAGCAUUUUCCGGAUCUGGCUGACACAGCCAUCGAUGCACAGUUUGAUUUAUGCGAAGAUGACGACACACAGAUCCGUCGUCAGGCCAUCAAGGAUCUGCCGAAACUAUGUCAAGGAAAUGCUGGCACCACCCGAGUGGGUGACACUCUAGCUCAGCUGCUCAUCCUAGACGAUCCAAGUGAGCUGCAGCAGGUCAACAACUCGCUGCUGAGCAUUAUCAAGCUAGACACGAAGAGUUCCGUGACCGGGCUGUUCCAACAGAUCACCACGGGCGAUGAGACAACCAGGGAGCGUUGCUUUAAGUUCAUUGCCACCAAACUGCUCACCAUGGGCCCCACAGAUACCAAGGAGAUCGAGGAUUAUAUUGUUGAAGAGAUCAAGAAGGCGCUACAGGAUGUCACCGCCGACGAGUUCCAUCUUUGCAUGACCAUUUUGGGAGCCACAAAGCUGGGUACAACCAUCACUGGACACGCUGAACUUGUUAAGCUGGCCACCGAGCAAGCCGAACUCAAUAACACAGACACGGAUAUCAUUGCCGUAGACGAUGAAGUUGUGGAGAGAUUUAUUCAGUGUGCUACGGCAGCGGCUCCUUACUUCUCUAAAACCAUAAAAUCGACGGCAUUCGUGGCCCACGUUUGCGAUAAACUGCUGCCCAUCAAGACCUGGAACAUGAUUGCAACUGCAGUCUCCCAAGAUCAAAUACAACUGCGACUACUUAAGGUGUUUGCUGAGAUAAUAGCCAACACAGACAAGCUGGAUAAUGCCAGUGAGCGCAUUAAUGCAGUCUACAAUGUAUUACUUGAGUACAUGCCCUUGCCGAAGCUGAGCGAUGAGGAUUUGGGUGAUACACCGCCCUCGUUUCAGUUUUCGCAUGCCGAGUGCUUACUGUACGCUCUGCACACGCUGGGCAAGAAUCAUCCAACUAGUUUAAGUUUCGUCGAGGACGCAGAGAAGCUGAAAGACUUUCGGGCUAGAUUGCAAUAUCUCGCCAGGGGAACACAGGGUUAUAUUAAGAAGCUGGAGGAGGCUUUAAAGGGCAAGUCGGCGGAGGAGCUAAAGUCGGAGGAGAACCAACUGAAGCAGACGGCACUAAAGACCACUUCGAAUAUUAACGUAUUGAUUCGCGAUUUGUUCCACUCGCCGCCCAUUUUCAAACAUGAUAUUGUCCUCUCCUGGAUAGUGCCAAAAGCGACAAAGCUGGGCAAGCGCCACGCACCUAUCACUUUUGGUGACAAAGCCGUCGCUAAUAGUAAGGAGAAGGAGCAGGAUCAGGAGAAAAAGGCACGGCCAUCCAACGAUCAGAAGUUCUACUCGCCGCCAUCCGGAAAAUAUUCCAACAAAGUCAACCAGAACUAUGGAAACAACAAUAGGGCGAGACAGCGCGGCGGUGGCGGUGGCGGCGGAGGCUAUAGGAAUCGUCGUUUUAACAAAUACUAAGCAAAGAAUUGAGAAAAGAAAAGCAGCAGCAGUACGAGUACUUCACAUGAAUUUUGUCCUAGUCCGUAAACAAAACAAAAAAAAACCAUCCGAGAUUAAGAGUCACUACUCUACGUCCAGAAUAUACGCUACUGCAAUGAUGCUGCGACAAGCAAGUAAGCAAUCGAAGGGAAAUAUGCGAAUCUACUGUUUCCAAAGACCCUCCCUGGUGAGUAUGAAAAUGGUUUUCCUAAUAACUUUCUCCCCUUCGUUUACUUUCAGCGUACAUUCACUUCAAAAGAAAGUGAAUUCAUCUUUCUCAUAAAACACUCUUACAUUGCUUUUAUUUUUUCGCAAAGAACGUUAUUUGCCACAAUUAUUGCGUGACAAUUUUUUAAUUGUGUCACGCACCCGUUCAUUCUGCUCCUUCCUUCUCAAAAAGAGCGCUGGCAUUGUUUUAAACUUAAAUCACGUUCCAUCACUCUCGAUCUGUCAAAUGCAUAAAUAUAAGAUUAUAACGAUAACCAGUUGAACAAACUUGCAAUAUUUACUAUUCGUAUAAAAUAAAGCUCAAAUGCAACGGAUAAA